GUUAGUCCCUAUCCGUCGGGAAGGAGUCAUCCGAAUUUCGGUGACAGGAUUUGAACUAAGUAAUUCAGUGAAGUGGCAGUGUAAAAUACCAUGCAGACAAUCUUGUUAUUCUGCCUCAUGGUGGCAUCAUUGGCGUCAAGCAUGGCGGGGCCGCUGAUGACCGAUGCUCAAUUGGAGCAGACCCUGGCAGACCGGAGCACCAUGCAGAGACACCUUCGAUGUGCUACUGGUGAAGGACCUUGCGACCCGGUCGGCAGGAGACUUAGGACUGUAGGCCCGCUAGUCCUUCGUGGGACAUGCCCGCAGUGCUCGGCGCAAGAGACGUAUCAGAUCCGGCGCACCCUCGCCUUCAUCCAGCGCAACUACCCGCGGGAGUGGGCCAAAAUUGUCCGUCAAUAUGGCUGAAUUGACAAUUCCCAAACCUACUAUUACACUAAAAGGAUCAUGAGCUGUUUUACAACGUCAUAAAUUAUGACUCAUAAUAGUUUUAUCUGCCUUCUUCUUGAAUAAGUUCACCAUACCGCCGCGCGGCACGGAGCACGCUAUCGCCGUAGACGCGACAAUGGAGCAGAUUCGGGCAACCACCAAUUAAAUUUUAACAUUUUUGUCUAGGAAUCAAUCUAGCUCUAUCUCUAUGAAAGACGGCACUAGUUUAAGUCCAUCAAAAUUUGCACCGGUAUAUCGCAGUGUUAUCUACGUACGUAGACCUUCGGUGCUACGUCUACUGGUAGUAGCCCGUAAUACCUAACUGUCAUUAAAGUUGAUAGCGUACCCCAUGCCGCAGAGAUAGGCCCGCCAAACUUUAAAAUAUUAAUGUCAUAUUUUUCCGUCGUCAAGUCGAGGAAUACGUAUGUAAUUAAAGUACUAAUUAAAGCAUAACGCGCGUAAGAGCAUAGCUGUUUUUAUCAAUAGUUUUACCUACUGGAUAUGCAUAGAAUAUUAAUGUUUCAUGAUGUAACUCAACGAGAUUCAUCAUCGAUUUACAUCGCAAUCUUACGAAAAUAAUUUAAAUGCGGAUGCAGCUGUACUAGAUUGUGAAUUGAAUUAAAUGGAUGAAAAACAAGAAUAUUCAAUGAUUUUUAAGUAGAGCACAAGUUGUAUUUAUCUUGUGUUUUGUACCUAAAAAUCCUAUAUCAUAUAUUUCCUGCCCGUGUUAACGCUUAAAAUUAAAUUGCAAUUUUAAGCCUUAUUACCAUUUAUUACUUACGUAGGUCACCAUCACUAAUUUAAAAGCCACGGUCUUGUCAGUAUAGCAUUCUUCAUGCUACUUUUUAGGGAAAAAUAGGGCAGUGGUUUCCCUCUUGCCUUCCGCCCCGCAGUAACUCUGUCUGCUCUGCAAUCUGACGCGAAUGCGAUGGCGCCCAAACGUACUAAGACUCCUGUCCUCCGCCUCUGAAUAGUAAGUACUAACAGUUACUGCUACCCUCUGUCAGGCUCCAGGCAACCUACCUAAAAUCCUACGUAUUUCAAUCUCUUGGUGGCAAGUUAUAUGGUGUUAUAAACAAAAUACGCCCAACAGUCUAAGGAACUUUUACAAGGUAAUGUGGCGCAGUGAUUGUAGUUUCGGUAAUCUGUUUCCUUAAUCAUAUCCUCUUUGUCAAUUUGUGACCUCAAUUGACUAUCAGUGUCGCCGGAGUUCAAUAUUUAUUUAAACCUAAGCUACUAGUGAUUUAUACUGUUUAUUAAUUAGUUUAAUUACUUAAAUAGGUAUCUAAUAGUUUGCCCCUUUAAAAUUAAUUGUAAAUAUUGUGUAAGUAGAUACAUGCACAUUAUUA